GUUCUUCAGCGUCAGGACAAGACAAGACUAAUCCACCACAGUCUUUCUCACACAUCCAGCAAAAUGGCACCAAAGAAGGCAGCACCUCGUGUGCAGGAGAAUGUUCAGCUCGGUCCCCAGGUCCGCGAGGGCGAGCUCGUCUUCGGCGUCGCACGCAUCUUCGCCUCCUUCAACGACACCUUCGUCCACGUUACCGAUCUUUCUGGCCGCGAAACCAUCAGCCGUGUUACUGGUGGUAUGAAGGUCAAGGCCGACCGUGAUGAGUCCUCCCCAUACGCUGCCAUGUUGGCUGCUCAGGACGUCGCCGCUCGCUGCAAAGAGUUGGGCAUCACGGCUCUUCACGUCAAGAUCCGUGCCACUGGUGGUAACGGCACCAAGACCCCAGGCCCAGGUGCGCAGUCCGCCCUUCGCGCUCUUGCCCGUUCCGGCAUGAAGAUCGGCCGUAUCGAGGACGUUACUCCAACUCCAUCCGACUGCACCCGAAGAAAGGGUGGUCGCCGUGGUCGUCGUCUGUGAGCGCUUUGCAUAUUGUUUGCAAGCAGGCUCGCAGCAGCUGUGUUGGACAUGGCUACGAGCAUGAACGACAGAAUAUGGAACAUUUGCUGGAUGUGACGCUAUCGCGGAGGACGGCAUUAAUCGCCUGGUCUCCAUGCGUGAUUCUAUAGUCACGUAUAUUGAAAGCAAUUCCUGAUUCUGAAAUGGAUUACCUAUUCUUGCCAUUCAUCUCUU